AUGGAGCUUCACGGUUUUGCUGCUACUCGUAUCGUAAGAAGUCAAAGGGAAGAGCCACAAUUUGGCAUCGUAAGGAGUCAAAGAGGAGGGCCACAAUUUGGCAAUCUUGUGGGCCCAUUGUUAUUUCCUCAAAAACAAAGUAGGUGUUUUUUGAUUAGAGAUUUAAGAAGGGCGUUGCAACUUCUAUCUUAAGGUUUGUAUCGCCAUGAAAACUCGGAACCACUCAGGAGAAACGAUCGUGAUCUUUAUAGUAUUCGCAAUAAAGGCACAGAAGCACAGAAACCACAACGUCUUUUGCUGUUCGAACACCUGAAUACAGUAUCUCGUAGUCAGGUAAAAAAUUAACUGCGACAUAUCAUAGCUUUUUAGGUCUCUGCGGAUCAAAAAAUUCGUAAGAAAAGUAUCAAAAACUAUGUGUCGAUAAAAGAAGAAUCUCUGCGUAAGGAACGACCAUCGAUCCCGGAAUUAAUGAGACGCCUUAAGGUAUCUAUAUCUAUGAAAAAUCACCGUUUGUUUAGGAAGAAGAGGAAGAGGCUCGUAAGAAAGAACUCGAACUUGUGAACAGGCGGAAGGUAGGUAGAAGUCUUUAUGUAUGUAGAAAGUAUAACCCAUGUAAAAGAACUUCUUACGGCUGGUUUAUCUUACUCCAAGGUGCGAGUUUUUCACAAACUAUAUAUUUAAACAAACCUUUCAAAAAAAUCCGCCCUUGUCCCCCUUAAAAGACGAUUUUUGGCUCGCUGCGUCAGCCCGUAAUGGACCCGGGACAUAGGAAAAAAUCGAUUUUGAGUUUUUUGCAUAAAAAUGACCGUCGACAUGUGCUAAGGAAAAGCGAACAACAGUUUUUCUUAAUUCUGCCCGGAAGGCAUAAAUUUGCUUAAAUAUGUCUUUUUUGGAAUUUUCGACCUGGCGACGUCAUAGAAAGAGCAAAUCACCCAAAAUUUUGCUUGUAUACGUUUUCGACCAUUGGGAAUUCAUUUUUUUGAAAAUUAAGUCUCUCAGAUUACUGUAACAUAGGCAUAUUGUAAUCCGGUCGAUAAAAAUCGACCGUAACUCCUUCGUAUCAAAAAUCCCACAGGAUUUUAUUUCAGAUUCGGAAUCAGCAUAAAAUUCUGCAUAUUAUACACAUAAUGUGAGGUCAUAACUCCAGGGGGGGAGAUCGCGUAGUAUAUUGGAUUUUGGCAAAAAUUACGUUUGAAAGGUCGCGGGUUCGAUCCCCGCUUGGUGCAAAUAUUGAAAACACGGCGGAAAUUGCGUUUAAUGGACACCUAGGGGUUAUAUGAGAUACACUAAGCAAUUUUAAACAUUAAUGCAUAUCUAAUUGCGAUUAAAACUUUUUUUAUAUAAUUUUUGGAGACUGAAUAUACAAAAAAUGAAAUUGCUUCAAACCGCUUGAAAUUGGCAACACUUAUUCUAGGGUCAAUUGUAAGAAACUUUUGUGUUAACUUUUUUUGGCAGAUCACCGUACCAUGGAUUACUGUAACAUUAAACCUGAUUUGGUUUUUCGUGUACCACAUGGCGCAUAGAAGUCGCAUUGUCAUCAUUGUGCUCAGAAUGGUUAAGAAAGGGUUUUCUUGUGUACAAAAAAAAUUUUUUAUGGCUGUACCGUUUGGAAUGGCCGAGUUAUUUGACGCACUUUCACCAAUUGAUUAUGACAUCAAGACGCGUUGCAAUUAAGGUCGAAUUUUCUUUCAUAUAUAGAAACUGGAUCUUUUCGCUGUCUAAAACGACUAAUUAAAACGAUUUAAUAUUUUAUGCAAGAAUUUUGAAGAAAAUUGCUGUUAAUCAGGACACGUUUAAUGCUACAGUAAUCCAUGGUACGGUGAUCUGCCAAAAAAAGUUAACACAAAAGUUUCUUACAAUUGACCCUAGAAUAAGUGUUGCCAAUUUCAAGCGGUUUGAAGCAAUUUCAUUUUUUGUAUAUUCAGUCUCCAAAAAUUAUAUAAAAAAAGUUUUAAUCGCAAUUAGAUAUGCAUUAAUGUUUAAAAUUGCUUAGUGUAUCUCAUAUAACCCCUAGGUGUCCAUUAAACGCAAUUUCCGCCGUGUUUUCAAUAUUUGCACCAAGCGGGGAUCGAACCCGCGACCUUUCAAACGUAAUUUUUGCCAAAAUCCAAUAUACUACGCGAUCUCCCCCCUGGAGUUAUGACCUCACAUUAUGUGUAUAAUAUGCAGAAUUUUAUGCUGAUUCCGAAUCUGAAAUAAAAUCCUGUGGGAUUUUUGAUACGAAGGAGUUACGGUCGAUUUUUAUCGACCGGAUUACAAUAUGCCUAUGUUACAGUAAUCUGAGAGACUUAAUUUUCAAAAAAAUGAAUUCCCAAUGGUCGAAAACGUAUACAAGCAAAAUUUUGGGUGAUUUGCUCUUUCUAUGACGUCGCCAAGUCGAAAAUUCCAAAAAAGACAUAUAUAAGCAAAUUUAUGCCUUCCGGGCAGAAUUGAGAAAAACUGUUGUUCGCUUUUCCUUAGCACAUGUCGGCGGUCAUUUUUAUGUAAAAAACUCAAAAUCAAUUUUUUCCUAUGUCCACCGCUGACGCAGCGAGCCAAAAAAUCGUCUUUUAACAUAUAAUUUUUCAUCAAAGUGCACUGUUUGCCCAGAUGCGUUCUUCCCCCAGGUGUCCGCUUCGGACCAGGUUUACAUGGGGAACAUGUAAAACCAUAAAACCCAAGUGAGACUCUUCGAUUCUUUUGAGUGCACAGAUUUUGACAAACUUUCCUGUUAUGCGAUGACUAAAUUUUUUUUUUAUUUUUUAGGCGCAACGGUGAUAUUCACCGUCCUUGAUGGACCAGGGUAACACUACAUAGUCCGUCCGCAAAGUCAUUGGUGUGAUUUUUGGCGAUAUGCACAGUGCAAAAGUCAGGGUGCGAGCGACAUCCCAAAGAAGCCUGUUGCACGGUGCAGAAAGCAAGAAGUUGCACAGUGCAAGGCGGACUGUUGUUUUCGCACAUUGCAUGUCGCGGAAUCACUCCAGCGACUUUGCGAACGGACUAGUAACAAGCAGAAUCGGUUUAUCAGCUUUAAUUCUCGGAUUCGUGAUUGGAGGACAUUUUUUUUGUGGAAAUUUUACACCGUCUAAUGCCAAAAGUCCUAAAAUUCGAAAAAGUCAGACAUAAUUUUUUUACAGCGCCUCUCACUUCCUAUUUCUUUAGAUUAUCGUUGAAAAAGCAAAAACAAUCUCGAGAUUAAUCUUCAUUCGAACUGGGACUGUCCGUUGUCUUCGGGCAGUUAGUUUCUCCAACUGAUAGAAAAAGAAUUAAGAGCCCCAAAAAGAAUUGGCCCCGGGUUUGUUUCAUUCUCCUUUCUACGGGGUUUCCGAGUUUUUUUGGGAUUUGUUUUUUUUUUCAAUUUCCCCAUAAAGAUUACUCAUAAAGCCGUUUCGGAAGACAAAGUAGUAAGAAGUGCCGAGCAGUUUGUUGCAUUUCAAAUUUGACGUUAAAAUGGGAUCAGUCUUGUUAGUCUUGGAAGAUUUAUUUGAAUUGUUUCUUGUGGGAGAAAAAAUUUUGUUUCUCUGAAAUUAAAGACGGGGGUUUUUGUCUUCAUUGAAGACCUGUCGUUGAUCUUAUAGCCCAGAAAUUGGAAUGAAAUUUAUAGAUUUAAAUUCUGAGGCUACAUAUACUUUAUGACUUUUCGAAUUUACGUAAACGCCUCCAAAAUUUAGAUCUUUGUUGGGGAGAAAUUUGCUACUUUUUUUGAUUUUGAAACCAUUUAUCAUCUCUUAGAAAUGUGGAUCGUCUACAGACCGUAUUUCCACGCCAAAGACGCUGUUCCGGAGACUUUUUCAGGCUUCUAAGAUUUUUCUCAUUUCUCUUGAUUCUAUUUUCUUUUUACUUAUCAUGUACUCUGAUUUAUAAUUUUUAUUGUAAAAUACGUGGUUACCGAUUUUUAUCUUAUUUUUUUCUGUUUUCUUGUGGUUGACUGUCAACCGAUGAUUUCUUUUUUUCAGGGUGGAAUGAACCAGUAUGACGAAUACUACUUAUGUUUGUGUGGUACACAUGUUCAUGUAAGUUACACCUAAAAAAUCACAAAAUUUUGCUAGAAAAAGGCUGGAGUUUAACUUUUAUAAAUAUAAAAUUUGUAAAAUACGUGAUGAUAAACAAUGUCUAUAAUUCAAAAACCCUUAAUUACCGUCAUUCUAAACUUUUUUCAACCACAAUUAUCUUCAGCAAGGAGUAUUUCUCAUCGCCCUCUUCGGCUGUAUCCAAUGGGGUCUCUCCGCAUUUCCCAUGGUCGCCGCGUCGAUAGCGAUCAAAGAAUACAGUGGGAUCUUCGUCGCCGUUGCCUCGGGCAUCUCACCAUGGUGUUUGUUGGUGGGGAAUCGACAAGGAAUCCCGUGCUGUUAUUGGCCGCAUUUGGUGAUUAAUGUAAGUGACUUUGCUAAAACAAGAUUUCGUCUACUCAAAAAGUAAAAAAAAUUCAUCAACUCAAAAAAAAAUGUAAAUAUAAAAAAUUUUUUCUUUCAGGGAAUGAUGCUAGUCUUCACGAUGUUGAUGGCAGUGGUGAUGUUCUUUUUCGGAGUCACCGCAUUAAUUGUGGGGCUACCCGAGACUUUGCGAGCCAAUGAAUACUUUGAAGAGGACCAGGCGAUGACUCUCCUCUUUGUCAUCAUCAUUUCCCUGCUAUGUUUGGGUAUUGGCCUUGUGGAGUAUUAUUUAUUGCGCGUUGUUUAUCGGGGAUAUCGAUACUUGAAUGAGGAAAUCACGGUGCAAGAAAAUCCUGAUCCCGCGAUCAGACUGUUAUAA